GCAACUGCAGCAUCAGCAGCAGCAGCUAUAGGAACUGCAGUGCAACGCGACUAAAGUCACAAAAUACAAAAAUAUUAAAGGAACAGCAGCAGCAACAUCAUCGGCGGCCGCAGCGGCAAAAGCUUUUAGUGAAUAAGAUGUCUAGUGAGGCAGUGUUGUGAAAUGCCAAAAGUUAAUACACAGCAGAAACCGCAGCAGCAAAAAGAGCAACAAAAACUUAGCACCAGUUAAAAGCAGCCUCCCCGCCCCAUCUAACUUAGGUUUAAACUACUUCUAUAAAUAUAGAAACAAAAAGAGAUAUUUAUAAAAUAAAAUAUUAUUUUGUGAGCAAUUGAAUUUCGAAAAAAUGCCCAUGUCCACGCACGAUACCGUCUUCGUGGAGCCUGUCGUCGGCAGCAGCGGCAGCAGCAGCGGCAACAACAGCAGCAGUAGUACCAGCAAUAGUAGCGCCAGCACACGAAUCGGGAUCAGUGGGUCUCAGCAGCAGCAUCCGCCACAUAUUGUAAUUGAUGGCAGCAGCUUGUCGACGCAGGCACAGCUGAAGCGGAUUAUGCAGCGACGAAUGUCCAUUCAGGCCCAGCCCGCCCAGAAGUACGCGGUGCGUACGACAACAGCGCAACAGCAACAGCAGCAACAUUUGCCCCAACAGCAGCAGCAGCAGCAACAUGAAUUGCUCAAUCCGCAGAUCUACAAAAUUGUCACGACCGAUGGCAGCACCAGCAACGUCAUCAUCGACACCUCCGCUGCAACACCGCCGCAUAACUCGAAGCUGUUGCUCAGUAAUCUCACGGUGCUCUCCAAACAGGCGCCCGCCCUGUCCUCACAGUCGCAACACCAACAGCAGCAGCAGCAGCUCAGCUAUGUGAAUGCUAAGAAUCUGCCGUAUGUGACGGCAACGCCCACGCUCAAGCAGCAGCAACAGCAAAAGUUUGGCACAAUUGGCGCCUACAAAGCUAUGAAUGCCAGCGCCAAUGCCAAGCAGCUGCAGGGUUACGCACAGGCGACGCAGCAGGGUAGCGGCACGCCGGUCAUGCAGAAGGUAACGCUGGGCUCACGGGUUGUGACGCGACUCCAGUCAUAUGUGGCGCCCCAGCAGCAACAGCAACAGCAGCAGCAGCAGCAGCCGCCGCAGAUCAUUGUACAGUCGGCGGCAGCGUCGCAGCAGAAAUACGUUAGCAGGCCGGCGAUAACGACAACGGCGGCGGCGCUGCUCAAGAAGGCCAAUCAGAAAAUAACUGUCAAAAGUGUUGGCAACAUGUUACACCAGCAGCAGCAUCAACAGCAACAGCAGCAACAUCAGCAGCAGCAACAACAGCAUCAGCAACAGUUAAAAGCAAUCAUCUCUUCACAGCAGGCAACACACAAGGCAGGCGUUAAAACCAAAUUCGUCAAGCAGUACAGCAGCGCGUCCAGCGGCCUAUCCAUUGCUGCGGUGCCACAGCAGCAGCAACAGCAACAACAGCAGCAGCAGAAUGCCUAUGGCAAACAGCACCAACAGUUGACGCCCAAUAAGCUGAGCAAACUGACUGCUAGCAGCAACACGAAAUAUGUAUUGCAGCAGCAGCCACUGCAACAGUUAGCCGCCAACUUGCCACAAGGCACGCAGCUGCAGCAGAAGACCACAACGACGUCAGGGGGCGGCAGCGGCGGCUACAUGUUGCAGCAGUCGACGGCAGGUGCCAUCAAGUUUGUCAACUCACACGGCACCGUCAUCCAGCAGCAUACGCCCCAGAGCCAGGUCAAGCGCAUUCACUACAACAGCAGCAGCAGCGACAGCAGCACCGAUCACCACCAGCAGCAGCAGCAGCAUCAAUCCUCCUUGAUCACAGACGAUGUGAUGAUUGUGAAUGGCACGCAGAUGACAGAUGAGCUCUCGGCGCGCAUUCUGCAGAGCAUGGCUCAAAAGUCCUUUAGCCAGCAGCAGCAGCGCUUUCAACAGCAGACAACACCAACAUCAACACCAACACCAACACCAACAUCAACAUCAACAACAGCAGCGGCAGCAGCAGCAGCAGCAGCAGCAAAUGCAAGCAUGCCUCCGCCACAGCCAACGUUGACACCCACGCAAAUUAUAUACGGAGGAAAUAGCAGCAGCAGCAGCAGUAGCAAUAGCAACAACAGCAGCAGCGGUAGCAAUAGCAGCAACAACAACAGCAGCAACACUGCAACAGUAACGUCAAACAAUCUGCUGUUGAGCCACUAUCAAGCUGCAGCAGCCGCAGCAGCCGGCAUGUCGCCCAGCUCGUCGUCAACAGCAACAUUGACGCCAGCCUCAUCGCCAUCGCCCUCGCCAGCUACGUCAUCGCCAGCAUCUGGCUCGUAUCUGACGGUGACUUCCUCCAGCGCGCCCUCGGUGAGCAUCUCUUCGCAUGGCUUUGCCAGCGGCAGUGCCGCAAUGUCCUCCUACAUGUCGGCGACGGCGGCGCGUCGUCAGUCGGUCAGUGCGCCCACCAGUCGAGCCACGUCGCUCGAGCGCAAGCAAAUCCAGCAGCAGCAACAGCACCUGCUCCACGAGGCUGUGACAGCAGCAGCAGCAAACAUGCGCAAACCGCCGCCCACUGUGGUCGAGUAUUACAAGCACAGCAGCAGCAGCUUAAGCAAUUUAAACAGUGGCCUGCGCAGUAGCAACUCCAGCACGGGCUUAAAUACAGCGAUGUCAACGUCGGGCUCAUCAGCGAGUCCACAUUUGCACGUGGAGACAACGACGCUUUUGAUGAAGCCUCAGCAGCAGCCGCAACAACAACAACAACAACAGCAACAGCAGCAACAACAGCUGAACGCAAACGAAGAGGAGCUGUACAUAGAGGAAGUGCGUCCAGUGCCUGUGCACACACAAGACUUGCGUUUGCAGCAAUUGCACGCCAUAAUGCAGGAUCACACUUACGCCUCUCAGCAGCAGCAGCAGCAACAACAACAACAACAACAACAACAGCAGCAGUCGGCGAUCGGUGGAGCUACAGCCGCGCAGCAACUGCAGCCACAGCAGUGGUCCCUUGGCGGCAUUGGUGUCACUGUCAGCGGCUCCGCAACAACUCCAGGGGGCUUUAACAGUUUCUAUGGACAACAGAUGGGCCGCCAUGUGCCGCAUGAUGAUGACGCGCACUCGGCUAUAAGCGGGAGCUCACGUCUGGCCAGCGCCGAUAUUGAUCCAGGCGAGGAGACGGAAACAGCGCCCGAGGCAGAAGCUGAGGAUGAUUCGGUUACCCGCUGCAUCUGUGAGCUAACCCAUGACGAUGGGUACAUGAUCUGCUGCGACAAGUGCUCCGCCUGGCAGCACGUGGACUGCAUGGGCAUCGAUCGCCUCAACAUACCCGAGGAGUAUCAGUGCGAGCUGUGCCAGCCGCGCCCCGUGGACAAGGCCAGGGCACGUGCGCUGCAGCGCCAAAAGCGUCGAGAGCAUAUGCUGCUCGUGGCUACACAAGCGGCAAGUGGUGCGCCGCCUGCAACGGGAACUGCGGCAGCCGCUGUUGGCGCUUCAGCGGCAGCAUCAGCAGCCAAUUCAAUGGGCGGAGCAGCAACAGCGACGGGAUCCCUGCUGUACAACAGCCAAGAGCUGCCGCAACAACAGCAGCAGCAACAGCAGCAACAACAACAUCAGCAGCAGCCACAACAACGGCUCGGAGCCGGCCCGAAUGGUGGCUUCGGCCCAGCUGCUGGUGGCUUAACCAAGAAAUCAAAGAAAACCAAAGAUGGCGCAGCCGGCACGCUGAAGAAGAGCAAGAAGAGCGGCGACAAGCUGAAUGCCAGUGGCGGGUCAACCGGCGGCACAGGAAGCUCCAAGUCGACAAAGAAGAGCAGCAAGCGCAAGAGCAAAUCCGGCGGCGAUGGCGCAGGUGGCAGCAGCCCAGCCUUGACUGCUGCCGAGAAGCAUGCUGCCAACUUGCGUCAGUGGAUUGAGCACUAUGAGUACGCCGUAACGAAUCAUUAUUCGCCCGAGUUGCGUGCCCGUCUGCAUGCCAUACAGAAGCAGCCCAGCCUCCUGCAAAGCAUACAGAAUACAGAGAAUAAGGCGCUGCGUCUGAUUGCUGGCGGCUGUGCCUCGGAGCUGGACAAGCGCGCCCAGCUGAUACCGUAUGCGGGUGCCAAGGUGUUGAUCAGCAGCGUGGAUCUGGCGCCGCAUGCGCCCAUCCAUGAGCUGCGUGGCAAGUACAUGCUGACCACGCAGUUUCGCACGCAGAAUCCCACCGUGAACAUGAAUACGCCGCCGCCGAGCAACUAUCUGAACAGCUUCAAGGUGCACAAGACGCCCGGACAGUUUGUGUUCUUCUACCAGCUUCCCGGCGUGGAGACGCCCAUGCAAACGCAUCAGCAGCAGGCGAACCAUCAGCCGCUGCCCGCCUACCUCAAGGGACCCGAGGUGUGCGUCGAUACGCGAACCUAUGGCAACGACGCCCGCUUCGUGCGUCGCUCGUGCCGGCCCAAUGCCGAGCUGCAGCACUACUUCGAGAAGGGUACGCUGCAUCUGUAUAUUGUGGCGCUGACGCACAUUCGAGCCCAGACGGAGAUCACGGUGCGGCACGAGCCGCACGACCUGGCAGCUGUGGAGCAGAAGAAGUCCCACUCGGCGGUCAUACAGCCGACGAGCACACGGUGCGCCUGUGAUCUGGGCAGCGAUUGCCUGUUCGCCCUACCGCUGGCUGUGCAACAGCAGCUGCAGGCACCGCCCGCUCAGCCGCGCAGCAGUCAUCGCAACAAGGCCGCCGCUGCAGCGGCAGCAGCAGCAACGGCUGCCAAUAGCGCCGCAGCAAUACAGCUGACCAUGGGUCUGGGCAGCACAGUGGCAGCGGCAACGGCACGCAAUCGCUCCACCUCCUCCAGUGGCGAGAGCAGCAGCCACAUGGGCCUCAACAGUCCGCAGCUGAGCCAGUUGAACUUGGGCUUUAAGCCCAGUCCGGCUGCCACGAUGAGCACGAUGGGCAACGGCGUGACGGCGGCGGCAACAGCUGCGGCAAUGCUCUGUAAUAGCAACAGUAACAGCGGCAACAGCAACAACUCGUGCUCCGUUUCCAUGUCCAGUGUGCUGCAUGACUCGGGCAUUUGUACAUCGUCCUCGUCGCCAUCGGUGUCCAUUCCAUCGCCUACGCCCACGCAAUUGCAGUCGCCCACGUUGCAGCAGCAACCGCAGCAGCAGCAGCAACAACAACAGCAGCAGCAGCAGCAAUACGCACAGCAACAGCAACAGUUGGCUGAUGAGGCACGCAUGGCGGUUAGCGCAUUACAAACUUUACAUGCCACACCCACGGCGCACAUGGCUACGCCCAUAAAAAUUACAACAACUCAGCCACUUAACCAACAGCAGCAGCAGCAACAGCAACAUCAACAACUACAGCAAUUCCAAUUGCAACAGUCACAGCAACAACAGCAACAUCAACAGCCAUCACCCCAGCAGCAAGCACAGAUUUAUCAGACAGCAGUGUCGCCCACCAAAACGCCUUCAAAAGCGAACUCACAGCUCAACAACAACUGCAGCAGCAGCAACAAUAAUAAUAAUAACAAUAACAACAAUAGUAUCAAUUUAACUCCAACAACACGCAAAACGCCUGCAAAAGCAGCAGCAGCAACAACAACACCAACAGUUAAUAGCUCCGCCGCACGCGAGGCCAAGGAGGAGGAAUCGUCGACAGUCGCAACAGCUGCAAGCACGCCGGCAACAUCAACGCCCGCUGCCAAAAAGGACAAGCCAAAAUCUCGCGAGGAACGCAAGUUGGAAGCCAUUCUGCGUGCCAUCGACAAAAUGGAGAAGCAGGAGGCGCGCGGCAAGAAGGCUAGCGCCGGUGCAGCGGCGGGUGCAGAGAGUCGCCAAGUGGGUGGGAAGCAGCGCAUGAGCAAUUCGCCAGCAUCGCCGCGCAAACGCAAUGCCAGCAGCAAUUCCAUGAGUGAGUCGGCCGACGGCAGCUCUCUGAAUUUGGGCACGCCCACCAGCACCAACAACAACAACAACAAUAAUAGCAGCAAGGGUGGCGCAGCAAGGCGCAACAAAAAGAAGCGCAAAGUGAGUCGCAGCUACAACAACCACAAUAAUAACAACAGCAAGCGCAGAAAGAGUCUAAGUGAAUCGGAUGGUGAAUCGCAUAACGAAUCGGAGCUGGCUUCACCGGCUCUACAGAAUCAAAAUCUGAAUCUGAGUCAGCAUCAGAAUAUAAUGCAGCACAACAACAACAACAGCGCGCAACAGCAGCAGCAGCAGCAGCAGCAACAACAACAACAAUCGACAGAUCAGGCUGCGGGCUUGCUACUGGCAUUGGCGCAUAACAACUGUGAGCCCUUCAAGCCGCCAGCAUCAACGUCUGCGGUGAGCAGCGCCUGUUUGCUAAUUGAGGCAGCAAUGGGUCCGUUGGAGCAGCAGCCAGAGCAACAGCAAUCGCUGCAAUCGCCAUCCGUUGGGGAGUUCAAGUAUCCGCCCAGUGGCGCCAAGACAAAGAAGUCGCUCAUGUCCAGCUGGUUUCAGUCGGAGCAAUGCGAGCAACAAUCUGGACUGGACAGUCUAGUCCAAGCAGCCAUGAGCGAAAUAAAUGGCUCAAGGGAGCAGCUGCAACAGCAACAGCAACAGCAGCAACAGCAGCAGCAACAACAGCAACAGGUGCAGCAAAUUCCGGCACAGCAGCCGCAGCAACUGCAAAUCGAUGCUCCAGCGCUGCUCAAAGUGGAACAGUUCAUACAUCAAGUGGAGGCCACUGAGCGCUCGCAGAUGCCUUCCGUGCAGAACAAUUCGUCGGUGAAGAAGCGUUGGCUGCGCCAGGCCAUUAGCGAAGAAACAACCGAUGAGAAUCAGCCCCAGGCAACGGUGACGCCUACGCCCAGCAUAUCGCCGUUGCAACAGCAACAACAACAACAACAACAACAGCAGCAGCAGCAGACGCCGCCUUUGCUCUCGAAUGGCUUCAGCACGCCGUUGAAGAAGCGUCGUCUGGUGGUCGUCAGCAAUGGUGGAUUGGAGGCGACGGCGGUCGAGGAGCCGCACAUCGAUGUCAUUGGCAGCGCCGGUGAGGAGGAGCACAAAGUGGAGCAAUUGGAGCAGGCACAGACGGAAGUGCUGAAAGUCGAGACGCAUCAGCACUUUGAACAGGAUGACGAUGUGGACAUUUUGCGGUCGCCCAGUCCCGGCGCACAGCAAAUCGUUGCUGAGGACAAUCUGGUCAAGAUUGAGCCGGAAGACACCAGUGCCGCCGCGGAGGAUGUUAAGAUCGAUGUGGAGCGUGAGGAGAGUCAAGCGUGUGACAAGUUUGAAGAGUUGAUCAAUGUUAAGCGCGAGCAGGAGGAACAGCAGCAACAACAACAGCAACAGCAGCAACUGCAGCAAGAGCAACAACAGCCAGCCAUCGCCAAGGUGGAGCCUUUGGCAGGAGAGAAGCAGCAGGUGACUAAAGUGGAGCCCAAGGCUGAGAUUAAGCCGGAGCCAUCAGCUAAAGUGGAGCCACUGCCCGAGCCCAAGCCAGGUGAAUCAUUGCUGCGCACAGCAGCAAUGACUGCUAUGCCGGCCAAUGCUGCAACAGCAACAGCAGCAAUUGAAACGGCGACUGUGGCUGAGACCAAGGCGACUGCCAAACCGCGCGCAGCAGCUGUGAAGGACGAGGAUGAACCGCUUAAAAAGAAGCCCAAGUUGGAAUCAAACUCAACAGCAGCAACAACAACAGCCGUAGCAGCAUCAGCUGCAAUGCCAGCAGCAGUAACAGCAGCAACCACAACAUCUGCAACAGUUGCUGAUGUAGCAACGUCAACCCCAACGGCGGCGACAACAACAACUGCAACAGCAAUAGCUACGCCUUCAGCCAGCAGCAAAAACCUAACCGAGCUGGACAUACAGGAGCGUCUCUUAUCCUUCCAUGCUGAGAACAUCUCCUAUUUGCAGUCGCGCAACAAAAAGGCAACUAGCAGCUGUUCCGGCAAGAGCAACAACAACAACAACAGCAGCACCAGCAAUAAUAUUGCAGCCGGCGUUGACUUGCCCACCAAAAAGUCCAGCAAGGUGAAGAACGAGAAGCGCGAGCGCGACAAGCAGAUCAAGAAGUCGAAAAAGGACAAGAAGAAGUCAAAGGAGAAGGACAAACUGAAGGCGGCAGCUAUCGCAGCAGCCUUGGCCGUUGCUGCGCCUGAGGCCAAAAAGAAGCAGCCCAAAGAGACGAAGCAGCAAUUCCAAUUGCCAGCUGCUGUAGCAGCAACAACUCCCACACCUGCAACUCUCACACCUGUGACAGCGGCAGCAAUAACAGCAACAACGAACGGCAAGACCAAACACAAUAGCAACAUGGUCGAACAACAGCAGCAGCAGCAGCAGCAGCAGCAAUCGGCGCUACGACGUCGCACCAUGUCAAUGUGUGUUACGGCAGGCACGCCUACAACGCCCACUGUGCCAACAACUCCAGUACUAGGGGCCACAAAGAAGCGUCAGACCAACUUUGAGCAGGAGCUGACGAAGCCCAACAGCCAAAUACUCAGCAGCAGUCUAUUGCUUAAUACCAGCAAAACACCGCAGCAGCAUCAGCAAACGGCAGCAGCAUCAGUACAUCAUCACCACCAUCAGCCGCAGCAGCAGCAACAGCAGGAGGCAACCGGUUCUAUAAGCUUGGCAGCCGCCAUAGCCAGCGGCAAAUUGACGCCGAUCAGUCGACGGCGCGAAUCUAUGUGCGGCAGCAGGCAGCAAGCGCUCAUUGCGGCCGCUAUGAAAAAGGAUAAGAAGGAAAAGAAGAAGAGCAAGAAAAAGGAUCGUGAGAAGAAGCAAAAGGAGAAGGAGAAAGGCAAGCAAAAGGACAAAGACAAGGACAAGGACAAGGAGACAACAAAGGCUAAGGCCAAUAAUCAACAGAAGCAACAGCAGACUACUACAACAACUGCGAAUGCAAUGCCCAACAAGGCAGCAUUAGCUAAGCCAGCCUUAACAAAGCCAGUCACAGCCACGCCCACGCCCCCUGUUCAUUCAGUGCCCAUAUCAGCUGCUCCGAUACCCGUACUAAUCACGCAACCAACAUUGUCAACGCCACCAACAGCAAUGCCAACAGCAGCGAUGUCUGUGCCACCUGUCGGUGCCCCCCUGCCGCAGCUGCCCUUCUACAACACCAUCUAUGGCAAAUUGCAGGAGCCGCCUGUGAUGCCGGCCAUUGCAUCGUUGGUGUCUUCGCCGCUGGCCAAAAUGAGCAGCAGCAGCAUCCCUAGUUUGGCCGAGUACUUGGAGGCAACCAAAUCGAAGGCGGCGGCCGCAGCCGCAGCUGCAGCGACGGCCCAAACAGUCGUGGCUGUUCCACCUGCAAACUCAGCCGCAACAGCAACAAUUGCCAUGACAGCUAACAAUGGGCUGGCAACAGCCCUGGAGAGCAUGCCGCCGCCAUCGACAACGCCGCUCAAGCUCUACACACGCACUGCCAGCCAUGAUCCUCGGUUAAAUCCCAUGCUGACCGUACCGGAGCCAGCGCCGAUGCCGAAACGCAAGCUUUCGAUUAGCGAAUACCGCAUGCGGCAUCGGCCCUCGGUCGACACUGCGCCCACAACUCCGACAACGCCCACAACACCAACGGAGCGCUGCUUCGCCAAGCCGCAGACCAUUAACAAAUGCUCGCUGCAGUCGCCAGAACGCUACCAGGCAAUGCGUGAUCGACGCAAUUCCAUCAGCGUCCACCAGAAUCAGAACAACAACAGCAGCAGCAGCGGCGCCGACAAGAAUCAUCUCUACCAGCAACAGUUGCCGCAUCAGCAACAGCAACAGCAAUCCCCCUCGGCGCUCAAAGGCAACGCGAAGAACUCUGUGAUGAAUUCAGCAGCGGCGACGCUGAGCACGGUCAACAGCAUCCUGAGCACUGCUCACAAGCUGCACAUGUUCGAUGACAAGCCCAAGGGAGGCCACUUCAAUGCGGCACCCACGUUGCUGGAGCAACAGCAGGAGAAGAUGAGCGAACGCUCGCGUUGUCUGCAGCGCACGAUUUCCUGUGAUUCGCGUGUCAUUGAGCGCCUGGGCGCCGGUGCAACAGCUGGUGGCAACGCCAGUCUAGUGGACAAGGUGACUGGAGCGAGUGCCAGGCGUGAUGCAACAUAGAGGCUAUGAACAGGCAUUAAAUCAAAAUCAUAAAAGCAGCGGAUCCUUCGGAUAAACCGAAAAUCUGACCUCAACUCGAAUUAGCAAUCAAAAUCUGGAUAUUGAAAACAAUCGCUGGCGUACCAAUGAUAUAUAUUUAUAUAUAGAUAUAUACAUAUAUGUAUAUAUAUGUAAAUCAUAUAUAUGGUACGCGGCGCUCCUUAUUUAAACAAAUGUACAGCAAAUCCGGACAUAGAUAGACAAAAGCAGUCACAGAGAAAUUGAAACCUUAUUAUUUGUGUUGUAAACGGUAUAACUCGCUAUAAUUAAUACUACUUAAAUAUAAAUAUAUAUAUAUAAAUAAAUUAUUUAUAUAUAUAUUUAUUUAUAUAAAUAUGUAAUUGUUUUGAGUUUAAGAGAAGAAACGAUGACAAGAAUAUAGUGAAGAGCCUUCUGCUAACGUAAUUAGCAGUUCAACUGGUCGCGUUUUCUCGCAACAAUCGAUCAACUUAUCUAAUUCUACUCCAUAAAUAUGUAUCUUUAUAAUGUAGUAUAUAUAUAAAUACUAUAUGUAGCGCUAUAGACGUAUAUAAUGCUUAGACAUACAAAAGAAUCACACACAAACAAACUACAACUAAUUGAAAAGUUUAUCAAGCUGUAAGCAUUAGAUUUCCUUUUGUUUUUAAAAUAAUUAAAUGCAUAAUGUAUUAAUAUUACUUUAUACUUUAGCACUUUUAGUUGCGUAGACCUUCAAGAAUUUUUACAUUUAUUUAAACUUAUUGAAAUAUGCAAACAAAAACAAAAGCAAAGGCAACAACCGUGUACACAAAAUAUGAUUAUUGUUUUCUCUUACAUUUUUUUUCAUAGUCGUAAUUAAAAGAUUAUAUGAGAAUAAUAACACAUUUAAUAAAGAAAAGAAAGAAUUGAUAACAAUAUAACCAGGCUUAAAACGCAAGCAAUACUAUAAACCAAAAUAAAUGGAACUAAACUGUAAAUAGGAAUAUUGCCAGAGUAAAGAGCGAAUCGCAUAUUGUUAAAUAACUGUAUAUAGAAUCCAGAUUAAAUAAAAUUAAUCCGUUUCACCUCGAAACAACAAUGCUAAUGUAGUACGUAAGCUAAAAAUUGAAAAAAGAGUACAAAAGGCGAGUUAAUUGAACGUAAUUAAAUUUAAGCAAUGCCUAUAAAACCACAAAUUUAAAAUUUAUAUAUAU